UUUAAAGUUGUUUUUAUAGUCAAAAUGUGAUAGUUAGAGUUGUAAUUUCGAGCCUCGAUGGAUACUUUUUAGAGAGUAAAAUGAUAUUAAGGUUUGAAUUUUGAGGUGAUAUUUAAGUAAUUGUUUUGAUUUUGGGGGAGGCGCACAUGAAAAAGUAGACCCAAGAAGAGAGGCCUACUAAGAUUCAGCCACCCCUCACCUAUUAAUUGAAAACCCUAGAGAAACGAAGAAGAAGACGACGACGAUAGCCGCGAAUAUGGUGUCCGGUUCCGGUAUCUGUGCUAAGCGCGUCGUCGUUGACGCCAGGCAUCACAUGUUGGGAAGGCUCUCUUCCAUUAUCGCCAAAGAGCUUCUCAAUGGUCAGAAAGUCGUGGUCGUCCGAUGCGAGGAGAUCUGCAUCUCCGGUGGGUUGGUCCGCCAAAAAAUGAAGUACAUGCGUUUCUUGAGGAAGCGAAUGAACACCAAGCCUUCUCACGGCCCCAUUCACUUCCGUGCUCCCGCUAAGAUCCUUUGGCGCACCAUUCGUGGGAUGAUUCCCCAUAAAACUAAGCGUGGUGCGGCGGCGCUUGCGCGUUUGAAGGCGUACGAGGGUGUUCCUCCUCCGUACGAUAAGAUGAAGAGGAUGGUCAUCCCUGAUGCCCUCAAGGUCUUGAGGCUUCAAGCUGGACAUAAGUACUGCUUAUUGGGAAGACUCUCUUCGGAGGUUGGAUGGAACCACUAUGAUACCAUCAAGGAACUCGAGAGGAAGAGAAAGGAAAGAUCCCAGGUUGCAUAUGAGAGAAAGAAGCAGUUAAAUAAGCUGAGGAUUAAGGCCGAGAAGGUUGCUGAGGAGAAGCUUGGUCCCCAACUUGAAGUUAUUGCUCCUAUCAAAUACUAAUUUGUGAUUUUGAUCUCAGAAACAGAGAUACUGAAGAAUUGAGUUGCAGUUGAGUUCAUUUUUCAAUUUUGACAACGUUUAUCUCCUUUUUAGUAGACCAUGAAUCAUCUCUGUAUGCUUCUAGAAUUCUUCAGUUUAGUCAAGUUUUUGAUACCUUUUUGUUAUGCAUGUCCAGUAGAUUCACGAUGCCUGUUUUCAUCCAAGCAAAAAUGUUUUGAUUCCUUUGCUAUGCCUAUCGUUGUGUUUAAACUCUGCAGUUGAUUAAACAUGGAUUGGCUUGAAAAAUUAGUCA